GAGACGUCUCACAGGACAGAGCAGCCAGGCAUGGAGCUUCCCUUCUUACCUCACCUGUUCUUGCCCCUGGUGUGUCUGACAGGUCUCUGCCUCCCCUUCAACCUGGACGUACAUCACCCACGCCUGUUCACGGGGCCGCCAGAGGCUGAAUUUGGAUACAGUGUCUUACAACACGUUGGGGGUGGCCAGCGAUGGAUGCUGGUGGGUGCCCCGUGGGACGGGCCUUCAGGUGACCGCAGAGGGGAUGUUUAUCGCUGCCCUGUAGAUGGCCCCCACAGCGCCCCUUGUGCCAAGAGCCACUUGGGUGAUUACCAACUGGGAAAUUCAUCUCAUCCUGCUGUGAAUAUGCACCUGGGGAUGUCUCUACUAGAGACAGAUGCUGAUGGGGGCUUUCUGGCCUGUGCCCCUCUCUGGUCUCGUGCUUGUGGCAGCUCUGUCUUCAGUUCUGGAAUAUGUGCCCGUGUGGAUGCUUCAUUCCAGCCCCAAGGAAGCCUGGCGCCUACUGCCCAACGUUGCCCCACAUACAUGGAUGUUGUCAUUGUCUUGGAUGGAUCCAACAGCAUUUACCCCUGGUCUGAAGUACAGACUUUCCUACGGAGGCUGGUAGGGAGAUUGUUUAUUGAUCCAGAACAAAUACAGGUGGGACUCAUACAGUAUGGUGAGAGCCCUGUACACGAGUGGUCCCUGGGAGAUUUUCGAACUAAGGAAGAAGUGGUGAGAGCAGCCAGGAACCUCAGUCGGCAGGAGGGACGGGAAACAAAGACUGCCCAAGCAAUAAUGGUGGCCUGCCAUCUUGGUCUCUUGACUCAGGUCCUUGGUCACUACCUUCGUCGGCAGCGAGACCCUAGCUCUUUCCUUCGGGAAAUCAGAGCAAUUGCCAGUGACCCAGAUGAGCGAUUCUUUUUCAAUGUCACAGAUGAGGCUGCACUGACUGAUAUUGUGGAUGCACUAGGAGACCGGAUUUUUGGCCUUGAAGGGUCCCAUGGAGAAAAUGAAAGCUCUUUUGGGCUGGAAAUGUCUCAGAUUGGUUUCUCUACACAUCAGCUAGAGGAUGGAAUUCUUUUUGGGAUGGUGGGGGCUUAUGACUGGGGCGGCUCGGUGCUGUGGCUUGAAGAAGGUCAUCACCGUUUCCCCCCACGAGCAGCCCUGGAAGACGAGUUUCCCCCUGCAUUGCAGAAUCAUGCAGCCUACCUAGGUUAUUCUGUUUCCUCCAUGCUUUUGCGGGAUGGACGUCGCCUCUUUCUCUCAGGGGCCCCUAGGUUUAGACAUCGAGGAAAAGUCAUCGCUUUCCAGCUUAAGAAAGAUGGAACUGUGAGGGUUGCACACAGCCUCCAGGGGGAGCAGAUUGGCUCAUACUUUGGCAGUGAGCUCUGCCCAUUGGAUACGGAUGGUGAUGGAACAACUGAUGUCUUACUUGUGGCUGCCCCCAUGUUCCUGGGACCCCAGAACAAGGAGACAGGACGUGUUUAUGUGUAUCAGGUGGGCCAGCCUGUGCUGAUGCUCCAAGGGACACUUCAGCCGGAUCCCCCACAGGACGCUCGCUUUGGCUUUGCCAUGGGUGCUCUUCCUGAUCUAAACCAAGAUGGCUUUGGCGAUGUAGCUGUGGGGGCUCCACUGGAGGAUGGGCAUCGGGGAGCACUGUACCUGUACCAUGGCACCCAGAGUGGAGUCAGGCCCCAUCCUGCCCAGCGUAUUGCAGCUGUGUCCAUGCCACAGACCCUCAGCUACUUUGGUCGAAGUGUAGAUGGCCGCCUAGAUCUGGAUGGAGAUGAUCUGGUGGAUGUGGCUGUGGGUGCCCAGGGGGCAGCUGUUCUGCUAAGCUCCCAGCCCAUCGUCCAUGUGGCCCCAUCACUGGAUGUGACCCCACCAGCCAUCAGCGUGGUGCAGAGGGACUGUAGACGGCGCAGGCAGGAGGCCGUCUGCCUGACUGCGGCCCUCUGCUUCCAUGUGACCUCCCGUACUCCUGGCCACUGGGACCGCAGGUUCAAUAUGCAGGUGACAGCAUCACUGGAUGAGUGGACAGCUGGGGCACGUGCAGCAUUUGAUGGCUCUGGCCAGAGGCUGUCUCCUGUGCGUCUCCAGCUCAGUGUGGGAAAUGUCACGUGUGAGCAGCUACACUUCCAUAUCCUGGAUACGUCAGAUUACCUCCGUCCAGUAGUCUUGACUGUGACCUUUGCCUUGGACAACGUGACAAAGCCAGGGCCUGUGCUGGAUGAAGGUUCACCCACCUCUGUACAAAAGCUGGUCCCUUUCUCAAAAGAUUGUGGCCCUGACAAUGAAUGUGUCACAGAUUUGGUGCUUCAAGCCAAAAUGGACAUCAGAGGCUCCAGGAAGGCCCCAUUCGUGGUUCAAGGCGGCCGGCGAAAAGUGCUGGUAUCUGCAACUCUGGAGAACAGGAAGGAAAAUGCCUACAACACUAGCCUGAGUCUCACCUUCUCUAAAAAUCUCCACCUGGCCAGCCUCAUUCCUCAGAGGGACAGCCCAGUAAAGGUGGAGUGUGCAGCCCCUGCGCCUCAUGGCCGGCUCUGCAGUGUGGGGCACCCUGCCUUCCAGACUGGUGCUAAGGUGACCUUUCUGCUAGAGUUUGAGUUUAGCUGCACCACCCUCCUGAGCCAAGUCUUCGUGAGGCUGACUGCCAGCAGCAGUAGCCUGGAGAGGAAUAAGACCCUUCAAGAUAAUACAGCCCAGACUUCUGCCUACAUCCAAUAUGAGCCUCACCUCCUGUUCUCUAGCAAGUCCACCCUGCAGCGCUAUGAGGUUCAUCCUUAUAGAAUCCUCUCACUGGGUCCUGGUCCUGAAUUCAAAACCACUCUUAGGGUUCAGAACCUUGGUUGCUAUGUGGUCAGUGGCCUCAUCAUCUCAGCCCUCCUUCCUGCUGUCGCUCAUGGAGGCAAUUAUUUUCUGUCACUGUCGCAAAUCAUCACCAACAAUGCAAGCUGCACAGUGCAGAACCUGACUGAGCCCCCGGGGCCCCCCGUGCAUCCCGAGGAGCUGCAGCACACGGACAGGCUGAAUGGGAGCAAUACUCGGUGUCAGGUUGUGAGGUGCCACCUGGGGCAGCUGGCAAAGGGAGCUGAGGUCUCUGUUGGACUACUGAGGCUGGUUCAUAAUGAAUUUUUCCGAAGGGCCAAGUUCAAGUCUCUGUCAGUGGUCAGCACCUUUGAGCUGGGAGCUGAGGAGCACAGCGUCCUACAGCUGACUGAAGCUUCCCGCUGGAGUGAGAGCCUCCUGGAGGUCAUUCAGACCCACCCUAUCUUCAUCUCCCUGUGGAUCCUCAUUGGGAGUGUCCUGGGUGGGCUGCUCCUGCUUGCUCUUCUUGUCUUCUGCUUGUGGAAGCUUGGCUUCUUUACCCGUAAGAAAAUCCCCAAGGAAGAAAAAAGAGAAGUCGGAGGAAUGAAUGCAGAAUAAGGCUCUAGAAAGUCCUCCCUGGCAGCUUCUUCAAGAGACUUGUGUCAGAGCAGAGGUUUGAGGGCCCAGUGGGAUCAAGAAGCCUUCUCUGGACUGUUUCCUCAGACUCACAGCCUGACUGGACUUUUGAGUUGUGGGGAUGCUGCUGGCAAGAGAUGGGGCUUUACCUCAGACAAGAAGGGCUGGCACUGAAAUCAGUAACGUUCACACCCCGUGCAUGAUCCUGCUUCUACAGUCAACACUGGGGUCUUUGGUGACCCCUGUUUUCCCUAUCCCCAGGAAUCAAAAGAAUUUUUUGUUUGGGUCCCUGACUCAUCUUCGACUCCCUCUUUGUCCUUCCUUGGAAUUUGCAAAGGAUGAAGGUUAUCCUCCUCCAUUCUACACCAACUCUCACCUUCCUGCCUGCUCCCCGCUCCACAGGAGGGAGCUGACGUUGGCUUGAAAGAAGUAAAGUCAACAUCUGCUGCUUUCCUGUGAAGCUUAGUGAUUCAUAGAGCUGGAUGGGUAGAGUCAACAGGAAAAAGGAGGGAGGAGGAAAAGCCACAAGAGACAUUCUGUACAAUUCCAAGGAACAGAGAAGCCUUUAGACAGGCAACUGCCAUCCCCUCUGAAACCCGAGACAGUUGCCCUCCCUCAGGUGCUAGGGAAACAGAGCUGCCCCCAGGCUUCCUGGGCAAGAGCUUCCCAACCCUCAGCCCUCCUUGGGAGCAAAACCAGGGCCCGGUGCCUGAUUUUUUGGACCCAGGGGCCCUCGGGUGGCUAAAGCUGGAAUGGCAGAGAAGACUAGGCCAUGUUUUCUCUACUCUCAGAUCUUACUCUUCAGCCCUCAGUGGGCCCGCCUUAUGAAAAGGAGAGAGAAGGGAAAGGAUUGCUCUUUUAGCGUGGAAAAUCCUUCCAUCUUCCCAGAUUUGGGAAGCAGCAGCCACAUGCAAUCCAAACAAGUGGGACAAGGCUAUAAUCCCAGCACUCAGUGAGACCCUGUCUCAGAAAGAUAAGUGGGACUGCAUUAGAAAGAGGAAGUGGGUGGCAUCAGGUCCUUGGUGAACAAGGCUUUACCUGCUCAGCAUUGGUUGUAUAGCACAAAUAACUCCUAGGAAAAUAUUUCUGGGGCAACUCUGAUCAUAUUUUGUGGGAUGUCUCUGUUGGAAUUAGUUUGGUAGCCCUUGCUUGAUAUUUACUGGAAAUCACUAAGAUAAUUUCUAUCUCUAAAGUAUCCUACCCUCAUCCCAUGUUAUGGUCCUGGCUAGAAAAGACAGGUGGAUUCUAACAGACAUCUUAAAACUUAUGUUUCUUUGUAAUCAAGACUUUGGGUGCAAAAUCAGUUACUGAUCUCCAGAGUGCAACUUUGACAGCCAGAUGAAGGAUCAGCUCCCAUUUCUACCUAACAAGAGACAACUGGGCAGUUCACCAGCAGCCACAAAACCUGUCCUCCCAGGCUGUUCUUGAGGCCUAGCCACAGUGUUUCUUUUGGCAUGUCUCUGGCCUUCUGAAGAGGACCACCCUCCUGAGCAUUGUCUCUGUUUCC